AUGGCCAUGAUUCACCCUUUACUCCCAGACAGGGAAAUUGACCAGUUUCGAAAACGAUUCCGCAAAAGUAAGAAGGUACCUGCUGGGGAUGGAGUGGACAAAUACAUCUUUGUGUUUGGACCUACUGAUCCUGAUUGGCCAUUCGAUGUCAAGGAGCUUACAAUGAUGGUGGCUUUCCCAAAAUUGUAUCCCAGAGAGUGCUUAAUGAUGUGUGUGCUUGAUGAAGAGGGUGUCUUACCUCCGACAUUGCUGAGAGACAUCAACGCGGCUGUGAAGGCAUGGCUAGAUGAAAAGCAUUCCACAGCAAAUCAAGUUCGCCCAGGAUUACUUUGUCUGCGCCCAUUCCUUCGCUGGCUUGACCGCAACCUUGAGACUCUAUUUAUUGAGAGCUUAAGGAAGGUGAAAAAGAUUCAACUUGCCGAAGCUGCUGGCCUUGAAUUUGUGCCCUUUGAGCAACUAGCUGGUGCUACGGCGAAAGGUGAAAUGCCUACUGUGAAUGAAGCAUUAUCUAGAGAAAACAUGAGCAGUGGUGAUGUUGCAUGUGCCAUGAUCACAAGCAAUGCUGACAAUAUUCAAGAGAAGGAAUGUCAAGGCACAUUGCAAGAUGAAGCCCUUACAGACUGUCUACAGGUUCUGACCCUUGAUUCGAGUGGUAAGGAAGGAAGAUUGAUAGAUUGUCCACCUGGAAUAUCAAUCAACCAAAGUUCUGACUGUAACGAACAAGCUCAUGGUGCUACAAGUGUUUUGAAUGGUUUUGGUGUUAACAAAAGUGCUAACACACUCUCUGGCACAGAGAACAACAGACAUGAUAAAAAAGAAAAAAAUGUUACAAAUGAAUUAGAUGAAAGUGGUCCUGCAGAAAAGCCACAUCAUGUAGCUUCUUCUGUACUGGAGGGCGGCUCUUCUGAAAAUCCUGCUGCUGCUGGUAAGUGCACACAGCGAGCAGGUGUUGAUAUUCAUGUCAACCAGAAGAAAGGCACCGAAGUGAAGUUCCGGCGCUUAGAACUUGGGGAAGGCGUCGCCACCUUGGAGUGCACAAAAGUGGCCGUCAGGGUGCAAUGUGGCAGGUGUCGUUGCAAUGCGGACGUCGUCACGCCUGCACGGCGCCGCAAUGUAGUGACGUGUGGCCGUUGCUCACGCACGUGCAGCGUUACGUUCCGGCCAAACCUGAUGCAUCCCUUCAACUCUGUAAUGGGCUACUUUGACCUUGUGGACUGCUUUGCUGUGGAUCUGGUUCUUUCUGGUUGCGUCUUUGCCCUAGACUGCUUUGGCUGCAACAAGAGGAUGACAGCCGAUGGCAUACAUUAUGGACAACGUCGCUCCCUAUGGUGUCAGUUCUGCAAUGCCAAGAUGACUGUGCUUAUGGAGUCUGUCAAGUUUCUUCAGCUGCAGCCAUCGAAAGCAGCUGAAAACGCAGGUUCGGCUUUCUCCAUAAAGGCUCCCAAGAUGAUAAAAAAUGUCAAAGAUCCUGCCAUUCAGGAAGGCAAGCCUCUUCCAGAAGGGGGCAUCUGCAAGCACUACAAGAAAAGCUUUCGCUGGCUGAGGUUCCCAUGUUGUGGAAAAGCUUAUCCUUGUGACAAAUGCCACGACGAGCAGGAGGGAGGAAGCCACGAAAUGAAGUAUGCCACACGAAUGAUCUGCGGCCACUGCUGCAAAGAGCAGCCCUUUGCAGCUGAAAAGCCUUGCACUGGCUGUGCAAACUUUAUGACAAAAAAACCCACAGCACAUUGGGAAGGAGGGCGUGGUUGCCGCGACAGGAUUCGUAUGAGCAGGGACGACAAUAAGAAGUUCAGUGGAACAGGCAAGACCAUUUCAAAGAGAGCGCAGGAGAAGCUCUCUGGAAAGAAGUGACGCCAUGGAAGGCUGCUAGGGGAAAGGAAGUGGAAGAAGCCCUUUAAGACCUCCUACAGUACUUUUAUACGGAAGUAAAUAUGGUCUAGUUUUGUACAGGCA